GGCACAGAGUUCAGCUGUCGUUGAAUAUAUGGCCACCCUGGCGGAUGCCAAUGGCAAUACAGCUCUCCACUAUGCAAUUUCCCAUGGGAAUUUCCCUGUGGUGGGUGCAUUGCUUGACAGUGGUGCCUGUGACGUCAAUCGCUGCAACAAUGCAGGCUACACUGCCAUAAUGUUAGUAUCCCUGGUGGCGCUGACGUCAAUGGAGGCAAAACGUGUGGUAGAACGGCUAUUUCGGGUGGCAGAUGUCAAUUUGCGGGCCCGGAAGCAUGGUCAAACGGCCCUUAUGCUAGCUGUCAGCCAUGGAAAUGUCAAUAUGGUGGCCAUGUUGAUUGCAGCAGGUGCUGAUGUCAAUGCACAGGAUGAAGAUGGCAGCACAGCACUGAUGUGUGCUGUUGAACAUGGAAAAAUGGACAUUGUGAAAGUUUUGCUGGCACAGCCACAGUGUGAUUCAUCGAUUCAGGACAUGGAUGGCAGUACAGCACUUAAGAUAUCCCUAGAUGCUGGAUUUCACGAUAUUGGCAUACUUCUCUAUGCCCACAAUCGGGCUUCUAAGCACAGAAACGGUGCCACUUAAGUGCUUCCUUUUAAUUUACCUAAUCAACAAGUUGUUUUUUUCAAACAUCUUUUUUUUACAAAUGUAUUUCCUCAUUGCCUCAAUUCUGAACUAAUAAACUUCACUACAAUA